AUCGACAAAAAUGAAAUCAAACAGCAAGUGAAGUAUUUUCAACAUGGACACAGGUCAGAUGAGGAAACGUAAACGCGUCCCCAUUUCAAAAUGGGUUUGGGAAGCAAAGGCUUGGUUGGAGAAGCACCCCCAGUCACAACAAUCUGGUAGCUCGAUCACGUGAACAAAUAUGCUUGUAUUUUAAGACAGUUCCUUUAUUUGUCAUCAUAACGGUUUCCGAAACACACAUAAACAACAACAACAACAUCCCAAUGUUAGCUUCAAAUCUGUGACUGUGUCUGAAAACCUGUAUUUUUCAAUAGGAGAUUGAUUGGCCGAGAUUUUUUUUGGGGUGGAAUAAGGAUACCUUCUUCGUUUUUUUUUUAUUGGUAGUUGAAUGUGAGUCUUUCCAUUCUUUCGGGAAUACUGUCUGCAUUGGUAUAUGGAAAUGUCUGAAAAACCGCAAGAUCAGGUUUAGGACAGUAUUAUCUACAGACAAAGAGUGAAGGAUAAAUUCUAGAGACUGCAGGGAAAGGAAUUGAGACUAAGAAGCACGAGCAUAUGACCCACUGAUUCACAGGUCAUGGUGGAUGGAAUGAUGAGCACGUGAAGAAAAACACAACACUGAUCUGCAUAAAAUACGGUGAAAGAAUACUGAGGCGGUGGGAAACUCCAAUCACGUGAUAUAAGAACGCCCAUACCAUUGGAUAGGGCUGCAUUGGCCUUCUUGUUUUGAAUCCUCACAAUGCAGAAAGCUACUUUCUACGAUAAUUCUGGAGUCUUUGGAAGCUACUCUUACCCCAAAUCCGAGUCAUAUAGUUAUGGCCCCAGUCACCAGCCAUACUCCACUUCUAACCUUGAGAGUGAUUAUCAGGGUCCAGUUUGUCCAAUACAAACCCCAACUGUACGGCCACCAACUCACAAAGACAAUACCAUGAAUGGAAACUGCACGAGAUCCAGUAGCAGCCAAGGAAACAGCCAACUGCCGAGUAUUCGUGAACAGCCGCAAGCGCCUCCAUUGUCGGCCUCUUCGCCUAACUCCAGCAACACUUCAUCCCAGAAGAAGAAAUCUCCCUCAAACAAUGAUUCUAAUACUGCCACCCCAGUCACUAACAAACAAAUAUUCCCAUGGAUGAAGGAGACGCGAUCGAACGCCAAACUGAAAAGCAACAGCAGCAACAACAAUUGCUCAACCGCAGAAGGUGAGUCCUGCGAUGAAAAAAGCCCACCUGGUCCAGCCUCUAAACGGGUUCGAACUGCUUACACCAGUGCACAACUUGUAGAACUUGAGAAGGAGUUCCAUUUCAACCGGUACCUGUGUCGUCCCCGAAGAGUGGAGAUGGCUAAUUUAUUGAAUCUCACUGAGCGCCAAAUAAAGAUCUGGUUUCAAAACAGAAGGAUGAAGUACAAAAAGGAUCAGAAGGCUAAGGGGAUAAUGCACUCUCCCAUCGGACACUCCCCGGACAGAAGCCCACCAUUAAGUGGCCCAAAUCACAUCGGAUAUUCUGUCAACGUAAACUGUCUCAGCUAUGACGCACCGUCGCCCCCUUCAUUCGCCAAACCCCAGCAAAACAUGUACGGCUUGGCAGCUUACACGGCACCAUUAGGUGGCUGUAUACCGCAACAGAAAAGGUAUCCGGGCUCCGAAUACGAGCACCACAGCAUGCAAGGCAAUGGUGGCUUUGCCAACGCUAAUUUGCAAGGCAGUCCGGUGUACGUUGGGGGAAAUUUCGUUGAUUCCAUGCCAGCCUCGGGUCCCAUGUUCAACCUCGGCCAUUUACCCCAUCCCUCAUCCGCCAGCGUGGACUACAGUUGUGCCGCUCAGAUUCCAGGCAACCACCACCAUGGACCCUGUGAUCCCCAUCCCACAUAUACAGACCUCAGCUCUCACCAUGCGUCUCAGGGAAGGAUUCAGGAAGCGCCUAAACUAACGCAUUUGUAAAAUUUGAGGAUUUUGUCUGUGCCCAAAUUCUGUUAGGCUCUUUUAUUAUCUCAGUAGUCAAGUCAUUUAUAUGAUUACACUAAAAGUGAGCCAUGUAUUACCAGUGUUAUUAUCGAUAUUACUAUUAAUGCUAUUGUGUAAUAUUUUCUUUCUAAGAAUAUGUCUGGGCCAUUUUUCUUGACUGUUGAGGAUGCGCAGGAGAGACCGUUUGUCUGUUGAGGAUGCGCAGGAGAGACCUUUGGCUGUUGAGGAUGCGCAGGAGAGACCGUUUGUCUGUUGAGGAUGCGCAGGAGAGACCGUUUGUCUGUUGAGGAUGCGCAGGAGAGACCGUUUGUCUGUUGAGGAUGCGCAGGAGAGACCGUUUGUCUGUUGAGGAUGCGCAGGAGAGACCGUUUGUCUGUCGUUCGUUUUCUGAAGUGCAAUGCGCAGUAUUGGGGACGGAAAACGUCAUUAACAUUACUUGAAGGUAAGUCCUGUAGAUCUGACAGUAGUUACCCAUCUUUAUAGGGAUGGGUUUUUAUAAAAAUGAAAAAAAAAGCUCUAAGGUCUCUGUUUGCUAUAUUUGAAGCGUCUUAUUUAUUUUUCCAAGAUUGUAUUGCAUUUAUCUAAUUUUCUGUAUGUAUUAUUUAAGUUUUUUGUAUUACACAUUAUUUAUAAUGUACAUGUAUGACUAUUUAUAUGGACAUCUAGAAUUUAUGCAACAUCGUUGGACAGACUUUGACAUCAUGGCCCUUCAAUAGGUACACGGGUUUUUGGUGAAUGCUUGUUUUAAAUUAUGCCUUCAGAGGCUGGUGGUCUUAGGUUGUUGUAGAAGGAACUCCUACGUGUAAAUCUGGGAAUAUUGGGGAAUUUUUUACGUGUCUCUAUGAAAAACAAAGUUAGGCUACAUGUAGCCCUAUCAAAAUACCGAAUAUGACAGAAAUGUAUCACACUAGUAUGUCAUUUGUUGUCAUUGCCAAUUUUCAUAUCAGGUCAUUGUCAUUUCAUCAGUUGGACUGUCCAUGCAUACAUUUAUGAAACGCUAAUGAUAUGAAAUUGUUAUAUUUUAAAGUGUUUAACAUUUUGUAAAUAAAGUGCUUAAAUUUA